UUGCCGUUGUUUCUUUGUAUUCUUAUAGUGAUUUUUAUAAUGUUGAUGACAUGAAAUAUAUCUAUGAAAUUGUUGUGUUGUAUUGUACUUUUUAAGUUUUAUUUUUUCUAUCUUGUUUUACAAAAGGUUUGGGAGAAGCAUGUGCAAUGGUGCUGAAUCUCGAGGAAAUAUAAAUGGUGAGGUUGUGACAUCAAAGGUUGAGAAUUACCAUGAAGAGAGAAUGCAAAAUAUAGAAGCUGAUGAAAGAGAAUGUAACUCAUGUGAUAGAGGCUUGAAUAUUCUUCAACGUAUACAUCAUCAUCUAAAUUCUCUUCUUCCUACCAUUUCACUAUCUGAGGUGAAAGAAGAGUUGCAAUCGCUUGCAAAGAUUGCGUGUCCAAUAACAAUGACAAGCCUAAUGAUGUAUUCACGAUCAGCUAUCUCAAUGCUUUUUCUUGGUCGUCAAGGAAGAGCAGAGUUAGCUGGUGGUUGCCUAGCACUAGGUUUCGCCAACAUAACCGCAAAUUCAGUUCUCAAAGGCCUAACAAUGGGAAUGGAUCCAAUUUGUUGUCAAGCAUAUGGAGCUAAAAGAUGGUCAGUUCUAAACCAAACAUUUUUCAGAACAGUUUGUCUCCUCUUACUAGUUACAAUCCCAAUUUCACUUUUAUGGCUAAACAUGGAACCACUCCUUCAUUUACUAGGUCAAGACCCUAGUGUCACAAAAGUUGCACAAAUUUACAUGCUCUACUCAAUUCCUGAAUUAUUAGCUCAAUCUUUUCUCAAUCCAUUAAGAACUUUCUUAAGAACUCAAGGCUUAACAACACCAGUUACUAUGGCUGCAUCAAUGGGAGCACUAUUGCACCUACCAAUAAAUUAUUUCCUAGCUAUACAUUUAAAAUUAGGUGUAAAGGGUAUUGCAUUAGCCACUGGAAUGAAUUCCAUAAACAUAACAUUGGGCAUGUUGGUUUAUGUUGUUUUCUCAAAGAAAUCACUUAAGCCAUGGCAAGGUGUUACAAUAUUUAACUCACUUUUUCAUGGUUGGAGACCAUUGCUAAGUCUUGCAAUCCCUAGUUGUCUUUCUAUUUGUUUAGAAUGGUGGUGGUAUGAGAUAAUGCUCUUUCUUUGUGGUUUAUUAAGUAACCCUCAAACUUCGGUUUCAACGAUGGGAAUACUUAUUCAAACACUUGGUUUUCUUUACGUGUUCCCAUUUUCACUGAGUGCGUCUUUGACAACAAGAAUCGGUCAUUCAUUAGGGUCAGGACAAGCCUCACGUGCACAAGGAACUGCUAUAAUUGGAAUUUUGAUAGCAUUUUUACUUGGAACUUCGGCUUGUAUUGGAUUGCUUUUAGUGAGAAAAGAUUGGGGGAAAUUAUUUACCGAUGAGGUACAAAUUAUUGAUAUGAUAAGAAAAGUACUUCCGAUUUUAGGGUUAUGUGAAAUUAGCAAUUGGGCACAAACGGUAUCAUGUGGGAUUUUAGCUGGAACUGCACGUCCUUACGUUGGUGCUAGAAUAAAUUUGUGCGCGUUUUAUUUGAUUGGGUUACCGAUUUCGACCUUUGCUACAUUUGUGUACAACUUUGAAUUGGUAGGUUUGUGGUAUGGAAUGUUGGCAGCACAAGUCUCUUGUGUUUGUAUGAUGGUGUAUACUUUGAUUCAAACUGAUUGGGGACAACAAACUAGAAGAGCAUUGGAGUUAUCUCAGAAAUCAGCGGAGCAAGAAAGUGUCAUUGAUGAGGAAAGUGUGUUGCUCGAUUCUCUUUAAGUGAAUGUUUGGUUUCACAGUUGAAAAAGCAAGCUCGCAUUUAUACUAUUAUAAGCAACAACUUUUUGCUUCCGCGGUUCCAAACACGCUAUAAGGCUAAUAUAGUAUUAGCAAUGCUUUAUUUAUUUUUUUUUCGUUCGAAUUACACUUUAUUAUUGGGUGAAUUUCAUAUGCUAACUUCUUAUUUUUUUUAAAAAAAAAAAAAAAACUAAAUCUACUUUAUUUAGUGAAAGCUCAUGAAAUUUCUCCUAUGAUAAAGUGUUGAAUUUGAAGAAUUUGCUUUUAACGUUGAUCUCAAAUUUAGUCAAUGAGAUUUUCAAAUUUUUUGUGUGUAGUGAUGGUAGUCAUUGUAAGCGUAAGUCUCUUACUUUUUGAGUAAUUUUAUUCAUUGUUCAUUCAUUGUAAUGAGAAAUGCAAUUUACUAACUUGCUGGUGAUUUAUUAUUUUUCAUCAUG